GUUGCUGAGGGAGUCUGAGGCUUGGUACUGUGGCGGACCCUGCAGAGUCUGCCUUUGCUACUGUUUUUGCCUGAAGCGUCUUCCUUCCUCCUUCGCACCCUGACUCCCGAAGUGUCUAGGGGGAGUCCCCGUGGACACCUCUGCCAGCAGUGGAGAUGCCUCUCUUUGCCACCAAUCCCUUCGAUCAGGAUGUUGAGAAAGCAACCAGUGAGCUGAACACUGCUGAGGACUGGGGCCUCAUUCUGGACAUCUGUGAUAAAGUUGGUCAGUCUCGCACUGGACCUAAAGAUUGCCUUCGAUCUAUUAUGAGGAGGGUAAACCAUAAAGAUCCUCAUGUUGCUAUGCAAGCUCUGACUCUUCUGGGAGCAUGUGUAUCAAACUGUGGGAAAAUUUUUCAUUUAGAAGUAUGUUCAAGAGAUUUUGCUAGUGAAGUAAGCAACGUAUUAAAUAAGGGUCAUCCUAAAGUAUGUGAAAAAUUGAAAGCUCUGAUGGUUGAAUGGACAGAUGAAUUUAAGAAUGACCCACAACUUAGUUUAAUAUCAGCAAUGAUUAAAAACCUUAAGGAACAAGGAGUUACCUUCCCAGCUGUUGGCUCACAGGCUGCGGAACAAGCAAAAGCAAGCCCUGCUCUAGUAGCCAAGGACCCGGACACGGUAGCUAACAAAAAGGAAGAAGAAGAUUUAGCAAAAGCGAUUGAGUUGUCUCUGAAGGAACAACGACAGCAACCAACUACACUUUCCAGUUUGUAUCCAAGUACAUCCAAUCUCUUAUCUACCCAUCAACAUGAAGGUCGGAAAGUACGUGCUAUAUAUGACUUUGAAGCUGCUGAAGAUAAUGAACUCACUUUUAAAGCCGGAGAAAUUAUUACAGUUCUUGAUGACAGUGACCCCAACUGGUGGAAAGGUGAAACACAUCAAGGCAUGGGGUUGUUUCCCUCCAAUUUUGUGACUGCAGAUCUCACUGCUGAACCAGAAAUGAUUAAAACAGAGAAGAAGACGGUACAAUUUAGUGAUGAUGUUCAGGUUGAGACAAUAGAACCAGAGCCGGAACCAGCCUUUAUUGAUGAAGAGAAGAUGGACCAAUUGUUACAGAUGUUGCAAAGUACAGACCCCACUGAUGAUCAACCAGAUUUGCCAGAGCUAGUUCAUCUAGAAGCACUGUGUCACCAGAUGGGGCCUCUCAUUGAUGAAAAGCUGGAAGACAUUGACAGAAAACAUUCGGAACUCUCAGAACUUAAUGUGAAAAUCAUGGAAGCACUUUCAUUGUACACCAAGUUAAUGAAUGAUGAUCCAAUGUAUUCCAUGUAUGCAAAACUACAGAAUCAGCAGUAUUAUAUGCAGUCAUCUGGUGUUUCUGGUUCUCAGGUAUAUCCAGGGCCUCCUCAAAGUGGUGCUUAUCUGGUCGCAGGGAACGCACAGAUGAGCCAUCUCCAGAGCUACAGCCUUCCCCCAGAGCAACUGUCCUCUCUCAGCCAAGGAGCCCUUCCACCCUCUGCAAACCCAGCCCUGCCGAGUCAGCAGGCUCAGACUUCAUAUCCUAACACAAUGGUCAGUUCUGUCCAAGGAAAUACAUAUUCAAACCAGGCUACAGUGUACAGUCCACCUCCUGCUGCUGCUGUUGCCGCUGCUCCUGACGUCGCCGUCUACCAGAAUGCAGGAACUAAUAUGUCCCAGGUGCCAAGCUACAACUUGACAUCGUCACCUCUGCCUCAGCCCGUGGGCACUCAGCAGCCACCUCAGCCCCAGCAGCCGUACUCUCAGAAGGCCCUGCUAUAGGACGUGGGCUUCCUCGUUGUGGCAGACACCUGCUGGCUGCAGCUGACAACCUUAGGAGAUUCUCUCAUAUCUUAAGAUUUGUGUAUUCUCAACUUACUGGAAUCGAUCCUGGUCAACAAAUUUAAGCAUUCAAGAAGGUAGAACUCUCUUCAAUUUGCACUGACUUUUUAAGAGUUCUCCUACUUGCCAGCCUCUCACCCAGCGGAAGGAAGCUACUUAUUAUAACAUUGUAUUCCUUUCAUAAUAUGAAAGAAUUGAUACGCGAUUGUCUUGUAAAAUUACUUGGUCUGAAAAAAGUCAAACUUACAAAACGCUGUUGUGACAAAUGUUAUGUACAUAUAUUGAUGUGUAACUUCAUUAGUGGCCAUUUUGAAUCACAGUACUGAUCAUGUGAAUAUAUUUAACACUGUUAAAUUAAUUUGCAUUACUCUAUUAAUCAUGAACAACUACCAUGUUUCAUAAUGUUUUGUUGUGGAUUUACAGUAACUACACUAUCCUUUUAAACUGCAGAAGAAGAAAGCUGUCCCGUAUUUA